GUUCAGAGGAGAUGCUGAUGCUGCGAUCCGGAUGUGCGCGUGCGCAUUGCAGCGUGUCUCCCUUUUUCAUCAGACCUUUUGUUUCAUCAAAUUAUCCACCAAGCCCGUCCAGAGAGGAUUGUACGAAAUGACGUCCCGUGUUGGCCUUAGAACAGUCAGUACAAAUGGAACUGACUUCAAACACAGAGAGAAGGUGGCCCCAAAAUACCAGAUGAGUGCUUCGCUGAAGUCAGAGGUGCGCAAGCUGAACUGGGUCCACCUUCUUAUCUGGUUGCUGGUGGCUGCACAAGUGACUGUGAGCCAUCUCAGCCUGGUGUCACAUGACACAGUGUCCAUACCGUAUCAGUGGGAGUACCCCUACCUCCUCAGCAUCAUUCCACUGUUCUGCAGCAGUCUGUCAAUCCCAAAGAACAACAUCAGCUACCUGGUCAUGUCUUUGAUCAGUGCAGGGCUCUUCUCUGUGGCGCCUCUCAUUUAUGGAGGCAUGGAGAUGUUUCCGUUAGCCCAGCAGCUCUAUCGCCAUGGAAAAGCUUACCGCUUCAUUUUUGGCUUCUCUGCUGUGACUGUUAUGUACGUCAUAAUGGUUGUUGCCAUUCAAGUGCAUGCAUGGCAGAUUUAUUACAUGAAAAAACUGUUAGAUUCAUGGUUUGAUGCCACACAGGAAAAGAAGAAAAAGUGAUUGUAAGAGAAAUAUUUGCUACUGUAAAAUUUAUGUUUUUUUUUUUUUUUAAUAGAUUAUAGGUCUAUUCAUUUGGUCAAAAAUGUCCCACAGCAUAAUAUAUUUAAGAUAGUAGAAAAGCAGUCAUUAUUUAAAGCAGCUGCUUUGCUUGAAUCUAAUCUCAGCAAUUACUAAUGAAAACAUUGCACCUGCUUCAAUAUUAAGCUGGCUUUGACUUUUUUUUUAAAGAUAGAGACUACUCAGGUUACAAUGAUUAGUUGUAAGGUCAUACUUACACUACAAUAAAGACACAUAAUCUGUAAAUGUAUACAGUUUGUCCCAUUUGAUUAUGUCAUGUUAUGUAAAUUAUGUAUAAUCAUACAGUUGUUUUCAGUUAGAAUCAGUCAUUAAAGAAACAAAUAUAAU